UUUAAUGUAUUCUUUUGUCUAAAACAUGAGUAAAGCAAAUACGUGCCUUUUCUCUCUGAUUUUGAUGUACUUCAUAGAAAACUAUAACCAAAUAAAUAUUUUUAAAAUUAUUUCUUCUUCUUCCAUCUAUAACCGAGAACCUAUAAAGCACGUAAGGAAUUUAAAUGAUGAAUAAGUGCAAGAUCCACCAUGGCAUCUUCAAGCGGAGAACUUUGCUGGGAAGGAGGAAGAAGAAGAACAACGAUCAUGACUUUAAAAACAGAGAAUCAGAUGCUUCAUUAGGAAGAUAAAUCCACAGAUCCCUUCAAUAUUUUAUUUGCAACAUACUAAAUCUUUUAUGUUUUUUGUUAUUUUGAUCCUUUUCCUACGAAGAACCGAUGUUGCCGUCUCGGAGUCGUCACGAAACAAACAUAAUUUAGAUCUGAUUUUUCAUUUUUAUAAUACAGAGCAGUUACUUUUUAAAUUAAUGACUAUAAUCUAUAGUGAAAAUACAUUAAAAUCCAUCGGUUUUGUAAUGAAUCUAUCAAAAUCCUUUUAAGUACUUUCAAAUUCAAUUACUUUAAAAUACAUAGAAAUCAUCAAUUCAAUAACACCCCCUAAAUUUUAAUUGGUUUAAUCGAAAAUGUAACGUGGAGUUUGGAUUAGUCCACUUAUAUAAAAUCUGGCCGACCAGCGAUUUUCCCGCUCUGUCGACGAUCUUCCUCCGCCUUAAGGCUCACGAACGAGAUCUAAAUCGCACUCCUAGAGCUCUGACAAUGGCGGACGAACUCGGAUUCUUCGAACUCAACACCGGAGCAAAGAUCCCAUCGGUCGGCCUCGGAACAUGGCAAGCUGCUCCUGGCGUCGUUGGAGACGCCGUCGCAGCCGCUGUGAAGAUGGGCUAUCAGCAUAUUGACUGUGCUUCCAGAUAUGGCAAUGAAAUUGAGAUUGGGAAAGUUCUGAAGAAGUUGUUUGAAGAUGGCGUAGUGAAGCGUGAGAAGCUGUUCAUUACAUCAAAAAUCUGGCUGACUGAUCUCGACCCUCCGGAUGUACAGGAGGCAUUGAACAGAACUCUACAGGAUCUGCAGCUUGAUUAUGUUGAUUUGUACCUCAUGCAUUGGCCUGUUAGGUUGAAGAAAGGCACUGUUGACUUUAAGCCUGAGAACAUUAUGCCUAUCGAUAUUCCUAGCACAUGGAAAGCAAUGGAAGCACUGUAUGAUUCAGGCAAGGCACGAGCCAUUGGCGUAAGUAAUUUCUCUACGAAAAAACUCUCAGAUCUCGUGGACGCUGCUCGUGUUCCUCCCGCUGUAAACCAGGUGGAGUGUCAUCCUUCAUGGCAACAACAUAAGUUACAUGAGUUCUGCAAGUCCAAAGGGAUUCACCUAUCAGGAUAUUCGCCACUGGGUUCUCCUGGAACAACAUGGGUGAAGGCCGAUGUUUUAAAGAGUCCUGUUCUGGAAAUGGUAGCUAAAGAACUCGGGAAGUCUCCUGCACAAACCGCACUUCGAUGGGGACUUCAAAUGGGUCAUAGUGUACUUCCCAAAAGCACAAAUGAAGCAAGGAUCAGAGAGAAUUUUGAUGUAUUGGGGUGGUCAAUCACAGAAGAAAUGUUUGACAAGUUUUCCAAGAUAGAGCAGGCUAGGUUAGUCCAAGGCACGUCGUUUGUUCAUGAGACUUUGAGUCCUUACAAGACACUUGAAGAGCUUUGGGAUGGUGAGAUAUGAUGUACCCAAAGACGUCUUCUGUUGCAUUUUUAAGUUUUAACCAUUUUCCUUUGAAGUUGGAGAAAACUAUGUUCCACUGUUUUAUACAUUAAUAAAGGGAAAUAAUGUGUAAUCGACA